UGUGUGUGUGUGUGUGUGUGUGUGUGUGUGUGUGUGUGUGUGUGUGUGAUACCUUCAUGCGUGGGAGUAGUUAAUUAUUAAGAACAACGAGGAGCUGGACUCUGUUCCCAAGGUGAUGGAACCAGGAAAUGGCACCUACCAAAUAAAGCAUUACCUUAACAGUAGUCAGGCAGACAGUAGUCAGGCAGACAGUAGUCAGGCAGACAGUAGUCAGGCAGAUAGGGAGGUGAGGGAAAAAUAGUUUGUCUGCCAUUGGUGUUGCUCGUCGCCGUGUCAGUGAGAAGAAACCACAGAUCAAAUAUCAGGAAGACAUCAUGAAGGUGGACGACAAGUUUCAAAUUCUGAAAUUCUUCGCAGCAGUUUUCAACUCUGUUUUCUUGAUUCUGGGGCUCUGUAUCUUUGGAUGUGCGGUGUGGAUAUUGUUUGACAAGGACAAUUUCAUUGCAAUUCUCAGCUCUGUUGAGGUGAAGACUGUAGCUGGGGGACUGUUCAUCAUUGGUCUAGUGGUGGUUGGUGUCACUAUCCUGGGGUGUAUGGGAGCCCAACUGGAGAACAGGUGCUUCCUACUACUGUAUAUGGGCUUCCUGAUCUGCAUCAUCCUUGGUCAGCUGUUUGUCACCUUCAUCAUUUUGUUAAAUCAUGGAAAGAUCACAUCUAAGAUGAAAAUAGAAGUGGAUAAGAUCAUCACUGAAUAUGGAACAAACCCUGACAAUCAACGACAUUGGAAGCUUCUGGAUAAUGUACAGCGCUAUGGGCACUGCUGUGGUAUGCAGAGUCCUAAUGACUGGCAGAGCAACAUGUUCAUUAAGAACAACAGUCUGAUAGAGGUGUAUCCCUGUUCCUGUUUCAACACCACGGACUGUCCUCCCAUCUCAGGAUUCAGCACACUGCUGUUUGGAAAUGGAAGUGAAACACAGAUCCAUCCACAGAGAUGUGUAGACAUAAUCACCAACUGGCUGAAGGAGAACACUUUGACAAUAGUGGGAAUGGAAGUGGGCCUGCUAAUCAGUCAGGUCCUCCAGUUUAUAGUGGCUGUGUAUCUGUACCAGACUGUUGGUCAGAAAGUCAAGCUGAGAAAUGUUAGUCAACUGAUUCUCUCUGAGGACCAUUGUGAACCAAACCCUGACUACCUUGAUGACCCUGACUACUCUGACCAAAACCACGCCUAUCCUAAACCAAACCAGGCCUACGCACAUACAAACCUUGCCUACCCUGAAGAAAUCCUUGCCUACCCUGAUGACCGACACCCGGCCUACUCCGGACCAAACCAUUCCUACCACCGCUAACCAGGACCAGAGUGUUGCUGUAUGACUGAAGACACUUUGGGUGCUAACAUUGAAUUGCUCAGUGGAGGCUGGUGAGAGGAGAUAUAGGAGGAUAGGCUCAUUGUAAUGGCUGGAAUGGAAUGAUUGGAAUGGAGUCAAACGUGCUUUCCAUGUGUUUGAUACCAUUCCAUCAAUUCCAUUCCAGCCAUAACAAUGAGCCCGUCCUCCUGUAGCUCCCCCCCACCAGCCGCCACUGGAAUUGCUCAAAUUCUAAAAGCUCGGUUCAGUGCUUUCAGCCACACAGGCCUUCUACUAAAGUGGGUUUUCUGCUGAACAAUGAGAAUAAUCUUAGUUCAUUAGUUUCCUUUGUUUUUUACUGUUUAUGGCUUAAUGACCCGAUCAGCCCUGACUGGUCAGCCUCACCUUGUGUGAAUAGUUGUGUACGGUACUGGUCAGCCUCACCUUGUGUGAAUAGUUGUGUAGGGUACUGGUCAACCUCACCUUGUGUGAAUAGUUGUGUACGGUACUGGUCAACCUCACCUUGUGUGAAUAGUUGUGUACGGUACUGGUCAGCCUCACCUUGUGUGAAUAGUUGUGUAGGGUACUGGUCAGCCUCACCUUGUGUGAAUAGUUGUGUAGGGUACUGGUCAACCUCACCUUGUGUGAAUAGUUGUGUACGGUACUGGUCAGCCUCACCUUGUGUGAAUAGUUGUGUAGGGUACUGGUCAGCCUCACCUUGUGUGAAUAGUUGUGUACGGUACUGGUCAACCUCACCUUGUGUGAAUAGUUGUGUACGGUACUGGUCAACCUCACCUUGUGUGAAUAGUUGUGUAGGGUACUGGUCAGCCUCACCUUGUGUGAAUAGUUGUGUACGGUACUGGUCAACCUCACCUUGUGUGAAUAGUUGUGUAGGGUACUGGUCAGCCUCACCUUGUGUGAAUAGUUGUGUACGGUACUGGUCAACCUCACCUUGUGUGAAUAGUUGUGUACGGUACUGGUCAACCUCACCUUGUGUGAAUAGUUGUGUACGGUACUGGUCAACCUCACCUUGUGUGAAUAGUUGUGUACGGUACUGGUCAACCUCACCUUGUGUGAAUAGUUGUGUAGGGUACUGGUCAGCCUGAACAGUUACUUGGAAAGAAAGGUACCACAAUUUUGAAACUGCAAGCCGACUCCUCCAUUGACUAAUGCAAACAACUUUUGAACCCCUUUUUAUUCCACAAGACUGUUGUUAUGUCUGCAGACGAACAGCGUGAAGAGCGCUGCCUUGAGGUGUUUCACUGAGUCUCACAGUGCUGUCAUUGACUGAUGCUUGACAUUGGUGAUAAGUGAUUGACUGUCUGUAAAUUAUGCAUUAAAAUCUUCAAAAUGGGA